UGUAAGUAACUUUCACAAAAUGGCCGCUAAUUCUGUUGUGAAGUAUUGAUCACUAUACUAGUCAGAUUAUUAAAGUCCCUUCGUCACUGUAAUGUCAUAUUUUGUUGUUGUAAGUGUUUAAUUGGUUUGUGUUGAGAAUCAAAAUGUAUUUUAAAUUCAUCGCGCUAGUUUUCGCUACAACCUGUGCAGUCUUUGUGUCUGGCCACUCAUAUGAAGAUAAUCGCUGUAAAUGUGUCUGCCCGAGCCCGGCCACUGUGCUCAACAACACAGCUGGAGCUGAUCGAAGCCCUUUCAUGAAAUCUGCCAACGUACAACCUAACAAAUGCAACUGUGAAUCGGUGAUCCUGCCACGUGUGGGUGACCAGAUCAAGGGUCGAGAGCAAGAGUUCUGUCCACGCUGUGAAUGCAAGUAUGAAAACAGGAACACUACUAUUAUCAAGGUGGUAGUGAUCAUAGUGAUUUGGGUGAUUAUGCUGCUGGUGGUGUACAUGGGCUUCCUCAUCUGCCUCGACCCUCUCAUCAACAAGCGAGCCAAGGCAUCCUACCAGGAACACACCAACGAGGAUGACGAGAGCACGCUCGGCGGGCCUUCGCAACAGAUGGGAGCGCGUGGCAACGUUCUCAACAGGGUGACGCACCAGCAGGACAAGUGGAAGCGCCAAGUCCGUGAGCAGCGCCGCAACAUCUACGACAGGCAUACGAUGCUGAACUAGGACUCGCUUCAUACCUCAUCCGUGGCGUAGCAAUACUAAGGUAAACGUUUACCGCGGGCCCCGAAUUUUCUAAAUAGGUAGCUGUCCAUGUAUAUAGGACUAUGUGGUUUGCAAUAGGUUGUGCUUGAAGUUAUUUUUUCAGUUUCUUGUUUAUUCAGUAAGCUGUUCGUUACGCUUUCCCAAGCAUGAAGUCUAUACCAACGUACACAAUUGCAAACUAACAUAAAGUAUGUAUUUGAAAAUCAGGGCCCUACAGCUGCACUUUCCAUGGAUGGAGGUAGGUGAAGAGUAUAUCAAUGAAUCACUUGCUUCGAGGACAGACCAAUACAUGUUAAAAAGCUAAAGCAAUAUAAAACUCGGCAGCAGCAAUAUACAACGCAUGUAUACAAGUAAAAAAAUUUUGAAGCAUUUUUAACAUUAUACACACAUGUUAUAUACAAUUAAAACUUAUUAAUCGCUAGAUUGAGUAGGAAUUUAUUGAUAUAUUUACCAUUAACAAUCAUGAAUAUUGUUGCACAUUCAAAACAGUUUUGCACCAUUUACAGUUACAACUAAGUACUUUAAAAUCAAGUCAUUUUGUAAUAUAAUUAUAAUCACUUUUCAUAUUAAACCAACUGUUUACUAUAUACCAGGUAGGUAGGAAGGCAAGUGAGAAAAAGAAACAUUUUCAUUCCUCUCUUCAUAGUCUGUAAGGUUUAGUGUAAGGUUUGCCAGCAUCUAGCUUUGAUUAGGUUAUGUGCUGAUAAAAGACUACCAAAAUGAAAGACAAGAGUCUAAAUAGUGAAAGUUUACAUUAUAUAAAUAAGUUAUAUUAUAUUUAAAUUGUUAUUUAUGAGUCUAAGACAGGCCUGGUUAGGCUACCGUGAUGGAUAUUAAUGUGGUAAAUUUUAGAGAAAAUUGGUCAAAGUCUUCCAUGGAAUAAAUACCAACAAACUUAGUAGGUAUGCAUUGUAAAAAUCCACUGCUGUUGUUUCCCAAAUUGUAUGUACUUAUUGUAUAUUUUUGGCAUCCCACGAUUCAUGUUUAUAUAUUUUAGCGAUAUUAAAAUUAGCACUAAUAUGUAUGUUUUCGAUGUAUUGUGUAUUCAGACAUUUAAUAAUAAUAUUUACCUAUUUUAUGAAUGUUGAAGUUUUUGAUAUGUCUUUACUGCACCGUAACAUUCAAUUAAUUAUAGCACUAAUGGUAACUUGCUUGUGAUAAUAGCUACAUAGUAUAAAAAUUAAAAACAAUAUACAUAUAAUCAUUUGUGAUGUUCCAUAUGUACACUGAUAUGUCUAACUCGCACCACAGACAACGAUAAUGCUUAAAGGUAGUUGAAAUGGAAACUGAGAAAAAUGUCUGUCCUCGAAGCUACACGCAACGUUUGUAGGGUAAGCACGUAACAUAUAUUCAAAUAAAUUAAAAAUCACGUAAGCAAACACAAUCCCAUAUAUUAAGGAAUUUAAUACUAAGGAAAAGCAAUGAAACCAACGAGCAUGUUCUAUACAUUUACUAUAAAAUUAUGAUACUCUCAUACAUUUGAUAUUUGCAAUUUGAUCGAAUAUAAUUAAUAAUAUAUUAUGCUGGAUUUUUGGUACUAGAUAUGAAAUACUAAUUACAAAUAUUAUCUCUUAAAUUUUACCGUAUUAAUCAAAUGUUUAACCAAGUUUAAAAUUAUGUAAUAAAUCAAUGUAAAGACACUCUUUUUAAAUUAAUAUAAGAAAUAAAGAAAUACGAAAUAAAAUUAAGUAUUAUAACUCAUUUUAAAGUAAUUUCUAGUACUAGAAUCUAACCACAAAAAAAAAGUCUUUUAACAAGUAUAUAACAAUAAAAUAUUCUCAUCUGAUUUUAUAUACAAACAAUUCAAUGUAGAGUUACUUAUCGUUCAAGAAAUAUUAUACAUGUGAUUUCAUAUAUACUUGUUAGUGUUAAGAUUACAAUCUUUCUGCUUCGGCGUAGUCGGGUAAAAAGACGAAGCUAUUGACUAGAAAAUGUAACCAAAAGGGUAAAGUAAAAGUAUAUAAGCCAAUGUAAAAGACUAGAUUUCGAUUUUGCACUUAGGAAAUUCUAGAUGUUAGUAUGCACCCGAAAUAUGACUAUUAUUCUUUUAAAAGUAUUUAUAUAUGUCUAUUAAGUAGAUGUUUAACUGCAGUAUCAUAGUAUAUCAGUUUUGUAACAUGCUUAUGAAGUAUUACAGAACAUUUUAAAUUAUAUUACAUUGUUCAGUCAAUAGGCACACUAGGUGUUAUGAUAAAUUACUCAAGUUUCAAUGAGAUUUGAUGUUUUACUGUAAAAUCAACAAGUAUUUGAUAUGUUUUAUCUGUUCUAUCUGUAUAGUAAUUAAAAUAAUAUACACAAAUUUUGGAUUUUUUAAAUGUUAUGUAAUGGGGUCUACCGUUAUUUUACUCAGUAGAUGGUGCAAAUGUAGGCAGAGGUAUUUUUAUCCAAUCACAGCAGCUGUCAAAUAUUGAACGUCUAAUGGUGUGACACUAGCUAAUUGCCUAUUGGACGAACAACGACAGGUUCACACUAGCGCCAUCUGGUGAGGAAAAUAUAGGAAAAUAGGCCCAAUAGAAAAAAUUAAGCAUAAUAAGUUUAUUGCUGUCUACAAUAUAUUUAAUUAAAGUAUUAAAUGUUGUCAGUACCACGUAAACAUAUUAAAUAUGUAUAUUAUGUAUUUUUACUUAAAAUCUAUAUAUUUUGCCAUAGAUUUUUUCUACUUUUUUACUUCCAAGUAUACAUUUUAAAAGACAUUUAAUCAACUUUAUUUAUUAAUGUACAAUCAACAAAUUCGGAUUACGAUCCACCUUAAGCUUAUUUACAUUUCUGUGGCAACAGCCUUGUUAUCUGUAAUUUAACUGCAAAGCAAACGGUUCUAGUCUUUCGACAGCUUGUAUUCUGCGAGUUUAUAACAUCAUAACUGCGAUGUGCACUGUAAACAAAGAAUGACAAAUCUUUAGUUAUUUUGACGAUUUCAAGCGAUUUCUCAAGAACGUUGGGGUCUAUGUCGAUUGUACAUAAUUAUAUUUAUUGUUCAAUGAAUAUUUCUAACCGUUUUUAUUACAAUUUUUACAGCGUGAAAUGCGUGAAUUAUACAUAUAUAAACACUAUGGUACGAGAGCUAGCAACGUCGAAAAAACAACAAUUUCAAGAAGGCCAGUUUUUAGAUAUAGUAUGUCUCUCACUCUCCCAGACAUCAUACGGGCUAUCUGGCACCUGGUAGUGGUUGCGUUCACCAGUGCGCAUCGCAUUUGUACAGGUAACAUUUCAACUUUUCAAACCAUUUAAGAAGUUAUUUUUUAUUAUUAUUAUUUUUAUUGAACUUAUAGGAGCAUGAAUCUAUUAUUGCCAGGCUUUUUUAUUGUUGUUUAAGCUAUGCCAAGCGCCAAUUCAGAUUUUUUUUUAUGAAUUACUUUAGUAUGGCUGAAAUUUUUGUAUAAUGUUAUUUAAGUAAGAAAACCGGCCAAGUGCGAGUCGGAUUCGCUCGUGAAGGGUUCCGUAACAGUAAGUAGAUGACAUAAUAUAAAAGUUAUAAAAUAACUUGGUUUUACAUAGUGUUUGUAUGAACGACAAAGUUAUAUUUGCGGUUUUUGAAAAUGUUUUAUUUCUUAAAAACUAAUAAUUAUAUCUGGUUCAAACCAAUUUUCGUUGUUAGUUUCUAUUGAAAUCUACAGCAUAUAUUUUUUUUAGUUUUCUCACUCUCUUAUUUUAAAAGUUAGAGGGGGGAGGACACUCAUUUUUCCACUUUGGAAGCGUCUAACUUUCAAACGAUUGAUUUUGACGAAAAACGGCUUUAGGAACCUUAACAUCUUUUUUAAAGAUCUAUCCAUAGACACCAAUCACAUUGGCAUAAUCGGUAUUGUAAGCUGAAAAAAAUAUUUUUGUGAUUCAGUUCCAUGUAUGGAGUGGCCCCCUUAAAUUAUUAAAUUUAUUAUUUUUUAUUCAAAAUUCGAAUAGCAAUUACCGAAACACAUCAACCUAAAAAGUUUCAACUAUGUUAGCCUAACAGUUUCGGAAAUAUAAUGAAAAUGGUUUGAAAAGUUGAAAUUUUACCUGUACAAAUGCGAUGCGCACUGGUGAACGCAACCACUACCAGGUGCCAGAUAGCCCGUAUGAUGUCUGGGAGAGUGAGAGACAUACUAUAUCUAAAAACUGGCCUUCUUGAAAUGCUCUCUCAAAAACGUUGCCAGCUCUUAUACGACUAGCUUUUUGUGGCAGAACGGUUUGGCCACAAUACAAGUAACUAAACUAAAUGUACAUUUAAAAAAUAGUAAUGAUCCCUAUUCACGCUGAUUGUUUAAAUCAAACAUUUUAACAAUAAAAAGUUUCAAUAAUUAAAUAUAUUAAUUAAAUAGCCACUAUGUUAUUGUAAAUCAAUGUAUAACUAUAGUUUAGCAGUUAGCUUAAGUUUACCAGCAUCACCGUCAAGCCUUAGAUGUAGAUCAUGUAUUCAAAGCUAUACAAUAUACAUUUCUUUCUUAGGUUUAUAAUACCAGUUUUACGGAACAUUGGACUUUAAUACUAGCUCCACAGACUAGUCCAUGUGGUUUGUCAAAGGCGGACUAUAUCAAUAUUAUAAUUUGUGUAGUUCUGGUUGAACAUCAUUUCGGCUGGACCAGUUCUUUAGAUAUUGGGCGAGCCGACUCGCUCUACUAAUUAUGCCUUAUACGGUAGAACGGGUUGAAUAGACGCAAAAUAGGAGUGAAUAAAUGUUGGGAAAAUGUUCUAAUAUCUGUUCACCCUAUUCUUGUACCUAUUCACCCGGUUUUACGGUACAUAUAGUUACACUUUCCAAUGUUUUAUCAAUAAACAACAACUGCAAGUAUAUAAAAAUGGUACCAUAGACCAUGUUCCGUGAGACAGGCUAUAAGUGAAACUAUAUUAAAUAAAAUGUAAGCAAAUCAGUCCUCAUUUCUUAGAUAGAUUGUCGCAGAUUCACUUGCUAACGUAUUGUAAUAAUAUCAUUUGUGAAUAUGUUUCUAUUGCAAGUACUCACCGAUAAUGUGUGUUAAAAUUAAUACUAUUUCAUUAUUUAUUGUUGUAUGAAUUGCCGCAUCAUAUUAUCAAUAGUUGUUUUCACAAAAUGUUUAUCAAGUAUUGUGAUUUUGCGACAUUCUUAUAUCUUGUUAUCUCUUCUACAUCUAUCGCAUCUAUUGUAGGUCCCUUAUUUAAUGAAUUUAAUUAGUCCGUAAUUUAUUUAAAUUGUCAUGUAAAUAUUUUAAUAUAAUACGUGUUAUCUCUUGAUUAUUAAAAUAAAUAAUACUUGAAUGGA